CUCCCGUAUCCUGCCACCGGGGAGCUUCUCUGCCUGCGGCUUGCACGAACAUCGUACAACCUCCCCCACAUCUCGGCCAAAGGUUUAGGCCGCCUUCUCUACGAGAAUGGACCCUGCGGGAAUGAUGGCCGGAAAAACGAACAGUGACGGUGCCAUACUCGGGAACAUCGGCCACCACGGACACCCACACAACCCUGUGCGACAGCAUCACCACCCCCAUCAGCCACCGGCACCCCCAGUGCCUGUGGCAAGUUCACAUCCCGCACAUCUUCAUCACCAUCACCAUCAUCAUCACCACCAGCAGCAGCAACAGCAGCAGCAACAGCAGCAACAGCACCAUCCUUCAGACAGCCUCACAGAGGUGUCGGUUGUGGACAUAAACGCGUCACUGGCCGCUUCAGCGCCACUCAUAUCGCCCCACGUCGGUUCGGCGACGCCAGCACCUACCCAGAUUGUGUCCGGAACCGGGGCCAACGCUGGUGGUCCACACGUGCCGGGCUUCUGCAACAUUCUGAACGCCUCCAACAGCAGCGAUCUGCAGGCGGUGGCGUACAACUCGCUCACACAAAACGUCCGCUGCAAAUCCCCACCGACGCUGGUCGAUAAUCUUAAGAACGGGACAAUCGGGAAUUCCCAGAGCGCUCUCUGUAACGGAGCCAUCAUGACAAACGGACAGACGAAGGACUCGAACCUGGCGCACGGGCUCGUACGGAAGGUGCUUAACAACAGCGAUGGCAACGGACAAAAGAAACCGAUGGUAUCACUCACGCACCUACCAAAGAGACCCCCGAUCGACAUCCAGUUCCUUGACAUGUCGUACUCGGUGUCCGAGGGUCACAAGCGUGGCUACAAGACCAUACUCAAGGGCAUCAAUGGGAAGUUCCGGUCCGGGGAACUGACCGCCAUCAUGGGACCGUCCGGUGCCGGCAAGAGCACACUCAUGAACAUUCUCGCCGGUUACAAAACGUCACACCUCAGCGGAUCGGUGCUGAUCAACGGCAAGGACCGUAAUCUGCGCAAGUUCCGCAAGCUGUCCUGCUACAUCAUGCAGGACGAUCGGUUGUUGCCCUAUCUGACCGUACGUGAAGCGAUGAUGGUGUCGGCCAACUUGAAGCUCGGCAAGGACAUCUCCGUGUCGGCGAAGCGUGCCGUCGUGGAGGAGAUCAUCGAGACGCUCGGUCUGCUGGAUGCGGCCAGUACGCUCACGCUCAAUCUCUCCGGUGGCCAGCGAAAACGGCUGUCGAUCGCGCUCGAGCUCGUCAACAACCCGCCGGUGAUGUUCUUCGACGAACCGACAAGCGGUCUCGACAGUUCCACCUGCUCGCAGUUGAUCGCACUACUCAAAUCGCUAGCUCGCGGUGGCCGCACGAUCGUCUGCACCAUCCAUCAGCCAUCGGCCAGGAUAUUCGAGCUGUUCGACAAUCUGUACGUGCUGGCUGAGGGCCAGUGCAUUUAUCAGGGGCGUGUGAACGGGCUCGUGCCGUUCCUCGCUUCGCUGGGUCUCGAGUGUCCAAGUUAUCACAACCCGGCUAACUAUGUGAUGGAGGUGGCCUGUGGUGAGCAUGGCGACUGGAAUAGCAAACUAGUGACGGCCGUCAACAACGGCAAGUGCAACAACUACAAUCAACCGCUUGCGCAAAGCAAAAGCACCUCCCACAAGAACGUUUCGCUCGAUGGCACCGUGACCGGGCCAGCGGAUCGUGAGGACGAUCUUGCGCUGCUAAAAACGGUGGUCUCCACGGGUGAGUACACCACCAUCAGCAUGCCACCGGCUCCCGAAGCGCAGCUGAAUAACGAAAGCAAACAGUCCACCGUGGGAGCGACUCACACCGAUCGUAAGAUCGUCCCGGGAAAUGGAGUAGAACCCACCGUCACGUCCAUGACCAACGCCGCCACGACGACAGCAGCAACGACGACACCGCUGACUGGUAGUUCGGGAGGUGCGCUGGUGAAUCCUCCCACGGAGGUGUUAAGUGGGCCACUUCUAGCGCCCGGUGGGUCCACACAGAACCAAACAAGCUGUAAGGCGACCUGCACCACGUCACUGCUCGACUCAACCGAGAGCGUUAGCAUAACGAUGCCCAAGAAGCAGGCGGGUUUUCCGACCUCCGGUUGGAUGCAGUUCUGGAUCCUGCUCAAGCGCACGAUGAUCACGAUCAUGCGCGAUCAAACGCUCACGCAGAUGCGCCUUCUAUCGCACGUCAUCGUGGGAGCGAUCAUCGGUAUGAUCUACUACGACAUCGGUAAUGACGCGUCGAAGAUCAUGAGCAAUGCAGGGUGUAUCUUCUUCACCACGAUGUUCACCAUGUUCACCGCAAUGAUGCCGACGAUACUCACUUUUCCCACAGAAAUGGCCGUCUUUGUGCGCGAACAUCUCAACUACUGGUACUCGCUCAAGUCGUUCUACUUCGCCAAGACGAUCGCAGAUCUUCCAUUUCAGGUGCUGUUUACGAGCGUGUACGUGAUCGUGGUAUACUAUCUCACAUCCCAACCAAUGGAUCCGAAACGGGUCGGCAUGUUCGUGCUGAUUUGCAUCCUGACCUCGCUGGUAGCGCAGAGCCUCGGUUUGCUGAUCGGUGCCGGUAUGAGCGUCGAAACGGGCGUGUUUCUCGGCCCCGUCUCGACCAUACCGAUCAUCCUGUUCUCGGGCUUUUUCGUCAACUUCGACGUCAUCCCGAGCUAUCUACAGUGGGUGACUUACGUCAGCUACGUCCGGUACGGGUUCGAAGGUGCGAUGGUCUCGGUGUACGGCAUGGAUCGGGCGAAGCUCGCCUGCACCGAAAUCUACUGCCACUUCCGCAGCCCAAAGAAGUUCCUCGAGGAGAUGUCGAUGGACAACGCCGAGUACUGGAUCGAUGCCACCGCGCUGUUCGGUUUCUUCAUCGCGCUGCGCGUCAUCGCGUACUUCGUGCUGCGCUGGAAACUGCAUUCCAUCCGUUAA